AUGGUUACAGAGGUACCUACCCCGACCGUAUCCGCCGUACUCACUCCUAUUGUAUUUAUGGUACCACUGGCAUACCCGGCACCACCACCACCAGUGCCUACGGCAUACCAGGCACCACUGCCACCGGUGCCCACUGCAUACGCGGCACCCGCACCAGCAGCACCAGUUGCUCCACCUCCGGUACCACCACCUACCGUACCUCCAGUCGCGCCCACCUAUGCUGACCCUGCGAUGCCACCAAUGGCACCUGCCCCAGCCUAUGCAGCAGCACCGGGGAUGUUUCCCCCGGCCUAUGUAGCGGUACCACUUGUUAUACCAGCUCCAGUGGUUCCGCCAGUUCCUGCAGCCGUCCAUACUCACCUCACUGAUAUAGUCGCGGCACGAGCCCGGAUCCCAGCACUGGCAGAGUCAAUGAAGAGUCGAUUCACACUCUUCCGAUGA